CGAUGCUUUUUUCCUUUCGAUAAUCAUACCAAUGAGCUUCCAUGUAGUUUUUAAGUUUUCUUUGUUUAAAUCAAACUGUGCUCUAAAGUAAUUUGUUUUAGCAGCUUCUUUGAUUUUAUUUAAUCUAUUGUUAUACGUUUUAUAAUACUUAAUGUAGGCACACCUACAGUAAUAACAAGUAUAUCAGACAAAGUGCCCUUAAACUGGGUCCUUUGAAAUUGCCCAUAAAGGUAAAAGUUGAACCAAGCAAUACAGCUAUAGCUAUAGAACAGCUAUAGGUACGUAGUUGAGAGAGUAGUGUAUCGUGAUCGUCAAGGUCAAACGCCUUCUUAAAGUCCACAAGUAGAAGUCCAAGAGUUUUUUAUCCAUGUUGGUUAAGAUGUUAUCAGAUAGAUCAGUAAUAGCAAGCUCGCAAGAGCGAUAAGAAGCGCGAUCGUACUGCGAGAGAAAUUCAUAAAACGUAAGGUGUACGUGGCGCUCGAGAAUUUUGGAAGGAAUGGGAAGAACAGAUAUAGGACGAAAAUUAGAUCAGUCAAAUAGUGAACCAUCUUUAUGCAAUGGAGAGACUUUUGCAGUUUUCCAGAUGUCCAGAAAAGAAGAAGAAGAAAUACUGAGGUUGAAAAUUGCAGCCAUGGAUGGGAGAGAUAGAAGGAACUGAAAGUUUCAAGAAAUAGCUGCUCAGGCCAUCUAGUCCGCAACGAUCAUGUCAGAAUAUUGGAUGUCAUGGGCGAUCAACAUGGACAGGGAAAGUAUUGUGGCAAGAAGAGUCAUUUUGCUGUUAUAUCGAUACGAUCUGCAAAAGUCAGACUGCAUUCAGAUAGAGCAUUUGAAAAGAUAGGCUUUAAUGCAACGUACUAUGUGAUUGAUAAUUAUUCUAAAGGCAUCAAUCUGAGAGUGAAAUCUUCGACCGCCACGGAGUUGAUGCUGGAUAUUGCAGACCUUGGAUUCAAAUUUACUGAGCUGUUUGUUCUAUACAAAGAAAAGGAGAGCCAAAAGACUUGGAAAGUUUCAACGACAUCCUCGACCAAUAUUACCAUCCGGGGACUUCUUCCGUCCAAACAAUAUGAAGCGAGAGCAGUAGGAUAUUUUAAAGGAAGGGUUUACGAGAGCCAGUUAGUGACAACUGUAACUAAACAACAACCGCAGGAGCAGAUGUACGAUUAUGGACCGUCUGUUGGAGACAGCGUCGUUUCACAUGAAUGGGGAGACUUAAAAAAAUGUUUUGGAGUAGAACUGAAUGAAGAGGGAGUCAAUAUAUUCAUGAAACGUUAUCAUAAGGUUUACAUUUGUCGCAACGGCGUUAUUCGCUUUGGAGAAAACGUUUUCCCUCGCUGGCCUAAGCCAUUCAGCGGUAGCACCGAAGGGUGUAAAAACGACCUUGCAAUGUUAGCACCAUACUGGGCAACCACAGAUCCAUAUUCCUUCUAUCAACUAAGGAUAUCUGCAGUUUACUACCAAAUUUACACUUCAUCUCAAAAAACUGUAAAGUCCAAAGAAGUAUUAAACCGGGCCACGUCAGAAGUCAACAGACUUUACGAAGAUCCUCUACCAGAAGAAUUCCAAGCAACACUUGUUUUAAUCGUUACGUGGCAUAAUCUUCGUCACUUAAACUUGAAUUCCGAAACUCGCAGUUUGUACAACACCUUUCAGGCUGUGAUCAUCACAGAUGGUGUCUUCACCUUUGUGAUGUAUAACUACCCACCUAACGGUAUUCAGUGGUCAGCGCCAAUGGCAAGGGCUAAAUGGCGUCUCUACAGUACUGGAAGUUCUGUUAAUGACCCUCUUCCGGUGGUUGGCUGGAGUGCUGGAUGCGAACAAUACGAAUACUUCAAUGUAUCAAGGUCCGGAGAGGUAACAAUUGGAGAUAUAGGUGCAAUUUAUGGUCAAACUGUGUCUAGAAGAGAAGGGGGAUUUAAGCAAAACAGCCACGGUUUCAAGGGGAAAUGGUUAUUCCGAUUGGAAAUAUCAACUGGUCAAAGUUCAGAGCAGCACUGCAAAAGUUGGUUCAAAAUGCAACCAGAUCCACGGCCUUACCUUGAAUACCUUGAACCUUGCCCUUGCACAUUUUUCCAAGCCCGAUGGGACGAGAGAUUCAAUGUCGAAGAAGACUGGCGAGGCAAAUCCAAAAUUUGUGCCUAUUCCACCUUCACUUCUAAAGACGGUUGGCAACAAGAAUGCUGUUACUCUAACGACUGGAGAAGCAAUGGUGCACUUAUCGUGGGUCAUCCAGGGGGAGGUGGUGCUCUCAGGGAAAACUACGAAACGAACGAAGUUAAUAACGCCUACGACUGGUGCUGUGCACAAUCCACAAUGUGUCAUCUGUACUACCAGAGAAGACCAUCAGACGACUGCAAGCAAUACGAACCACCUGAGUGGAGUUGGAUGUGGGGCGACCCUCACUUUGUCACUCUUGAUGGCAAAAACUACACAUUCAACGGUCUUGGUGAAUAUGUGAUGCUUGAUGCAAAGAACGGCUUCUUUCAGCUCCAAGCGCGUACAAGACUCGCUAAAGGUGAUGGGACUGCUACUGUGUUCUGUGCUGCAGUGGUCAAAGAAAGAAAUACAAGCAAAGUGCAAGUGAAUUUAGAGAGACAAGCAGGUAACAUGACACUGUUUAUUGAUGAAGAGAUCUUGGAUUACUAUAGUCUUACAAACCAAUCGACCAGACUCAAUGGCUCUGUCGUUGUCUCCCGUCCAAAAGAAAACGCAUUUAGAGUAACAUUUCCAUCUGGAAUCUCUGUUACUGUAACAGAGGUAAAGGGUGCCCUGUCCAUCUUAUUAGCAAUGCCUAAGUCAUUCAGGAACCAGACGAGAGGGUUGUUAGGAACCUGGAAUGGGAACCAAACAGAUGACCUGACAACACCCAGUGGUGAUGUUUUACCAGCGGAUGCAAGCAGCAGGGACAUUCACUUUCGAUUUGGACAGAAAUGCAAGUAAGCGAGAGUACCUCGCUUUUUACCUAUCAGUUCGGCGAGAACGUGUACACGUUUUCAAACAAGUCAUUCGUGCCUAUGUUUAUAGAGGAUCUGAAAUUCUAUAAUGAAUCUCUAAAGAAAC